AAAGGUCGGGCGAUUGUGUCAGGAAGCAAAUCCGACGUAGACGGCAGCGGGCGGAGCUCAAGCCCAGUGAUGCCCGGUGCGCAGCGAUCCCACCUGGAGAGUCGGGGCGGCACGUUGAGACCCCAGGGGUGAGGGGCGGGGAUCCAAAUCCCCGCCCUGUUUUCCCCUCCCCUUUCCCCGCCUCCUUCUCGCCCCUCCCCCCUCCUCCCCUCUGGUUGGAAAGUUUCUAGAAUCUCUUCCCAGCGGCCUUUGCGGUUCCAACAUGGCGGAGCUGACGGUGGAGGUUCGCGGCUCCAACGGGGCUUUCUACAAGGGAUUUAUCAAAGAUGUUCAUGAAGACUCCCUUACAGUUGUUUUUGAAAAUAAUUGGCAACCAGAACGCCAGGUUCCAUUUAAUGAAGUCAGAUUACCACCACCACCUGAUAUAAAAAAAGAAAUUAGUGAAGGAGAUGAAGUAGAGGUAUAUUCAAGAGCAAAUGACCAAGAGCCAUGUGGAUGGUGGUUGGCUAAAGUUCGGAUGAUGAAAGGAGAAUUUUAUGUCAUUGAAUAUGCUGCUUGUGACGCUACUUACAAUGAAAUAGUCACAUUCGAACGACUUCGGCCUGUCAAUCAAAAUAAAACUGUCAAAAAAAACACCUUCUUUAAAUGCACAGUGGAUGUUCCUGAGGAUUUGAGAGAGGCGUGUGCUAAUGAAAAUGCACAUAAAGAUUUUAAGAAAGCAGUAGGAGCAUGCAGAAUUUUUUACCAUCCAGAAACAACACAGCUAAUGAUACUGUCUGCCAGUGAAGCAACUGUGAAGAGAGUAAACAUCUUAAGUGACAUGCAUUUGCGAAGUAUUCGUACGAAGUUGAUGCUUAUGUCCAGAAAUGAAGAGGCCACUAAGCAUUUAGAAUGUACAAAACAACUUGCAGCAGCUUUUCAUGAGGAAUUUGUUGUGAGAGAAGAUUUAAUGGGCCUGGCAAUAGGAACACAUGGUAGUAACAUUCAGCAAGCUAGGAAGGUUCCUGGAGUUACCGCCAUUGAGCUAGAUGAAGAUACUGGAACAUUUAGAAUCUAUGGAGAGAGUGCUGAUGCUGUAAAAAAGGCUAGAGGUUUCUUGGAAUUUGUGGAGGAUUUUAUUCAGGUUCCUAGGAAUCUCGUUGGAAAAGUAAUUGGAAAAAAUGGCAAAGUUAUUCAAGAAAUAGUGGACAAAUCUGGUGUGGUUCGAGUAAGAAUUGAAGGGGACAAUGAAAAUAAAUUACCCAGAGAAGACGGUAUGGUUCCAUUUGUAUUUGUUGGCACUAAAGAAAGCAUUGGAAAUGUGCAAGUUCUUUUAGAGUAUCAUAUUGCUUAUCUAAAGGAAGUAGAACAGCUAAGAAUGGAACGCCUACAGAUUGAUGAACAGCUACGACAGAUUGGUAUGGGUUUCAGACCUUCUUCCACCAGAGGGCCUGAAAAAGAGAAAGGAUAUGCCACUGAUGAAAGUACCGUCUCUUCUGUACAAGGUUCUAGGUCUUAUAGUGGAAGAGGCAGAGGUCGUCGGGGCCCUAAUUACACCUCCGGUUAUGGUACAAAUUCUGAGCUGUCUAACCCCUCUGAAACGGAAUCUGAGCGUAAAGACGAGCUGAGUGAUUGGUCAUUGGCAGGAGAAGAUGAUCGAGACAGCCGACAUCAGCGUGACAGCAGGAGACGCCCAGGAGGGAGAGGCAGAAGUGUUUCAGGGGGUCGAGGUCGUGGUGGACCACGUGGUGGCAAAUCCUCCAUCAGUUCUGUGCUCAAAGAUCCAGACAGCAAUCCAUACAGCUUACUUGAUAAUACAGAAUCAGAUCAGACUGCAGACACUGAUGCCAGCGAAUCUCAUCACAGUACUAACCGUCGUAGGCGGUCUCGUAGACGAAGGACUGAUGAAGAUGCUGUUCUGAUGGAUGGAAUGACUGAAUCUGAUACAGCUUCAGUUAAUGAAAAUGGGCUAGUCACAGUUGCAGAUUAUAUUUCUAGAGCUGAGUCUCAGAGCAGACAAAGAAACCUCCCAAGGGAAACUUUGGCUAAAAACAAGAAAGAAAUGGCAAAAGAUGUGAUUGAAGAGCAUGGUCCUUCAGAAAAGGCAAUAAACGGCCCAACUAGUGCUUCUGGCGAUGACAUUUCUAAGCUGCAGCGUACUCCAGGAGAAGAAAAGAUUAAUACCUUAAAAGAAGAAAACACUCAAGAAGCAGCAGUCCUGAAUGGUGUUUCAUAAACUGAAGAAGUUCCUAGUUUACAGUUCUUUUACAUUACAUUUACAAUAGUGCUUGUACAAGCUUGCCAAAGAUAGAAUAUGGAUCGCCAGUCUUUACAUCGCACUUUCAGUUCCUCCAUUUGGAAUUCAAAAAGGGGAGGGAUCCUGAAGAAAUCAUAUGUUAAACAUACUUUGACACCUACUGUGUUAUAAAAUAUAUCAUCAGAUGUGCCUUGAGAAUAGUAUAUGUAACAUUAAAAAAAGUUGCUGGCUAUAGGAAAUGUUAUUUUGUUUUCAAAAUAUGGCAGAGAUGGGGGGUGGUGGGUGGGGUGGGAUCCCUAACGUAAUAUUCUUUAUGAAAGCAUUAGCUGCUUUUGUUACAUUUUUAAUAUGCAACCACUUCUUCACCUGAGGAAAACUAGAAUGAAAUGCAGUCUAAAAUAUUUUGCACUGAAUUGUAAUUUCUUCAUUAGUUUAGUCUGGAAACUGGUCUGUUUUAAUGUGUUUUUUAAAUGCUGUAUGUAGAGGAAAAUCUGCAGACCACUGGAAUACAUUUGUUAAACUCUCAUCUGCAGGGACACUGGGCGAUACUUGGCAGUGACUGUUCUACCUUGAGGCUUUGUUUGGUUUAUUUAUUUAAGUGUACAGUAUUUAAAAAUCAAACAUAGCUUUAGUUAAAACACUAAGCUGAAUUAGUCAUGUCCAUUCAGACAUAACCUGAACUACUGAAAAGAUCAAUUUCCAGAAAGUUUAUUCUGUAUAAACUACAUGUUAGUCUUCAGUAGAGUAUCUUUUUUUUUUUUCCUUUUUUUUUUAAUUUCGGUUGUUUGAUGUGCAAUAUGUUUUUGUAUGCAGGUAGUAAAUAAACUUUGAUCUUCCAUUUGCUGAAUUUUUUUAACUUUCUACUUUUUACACCAGUUGUUGCAAAGUAGUUGGAGCUAUUUAUAGGCUUAGGAUAGUAUACUUUGCUUUUUUAAAAGCAGUUAUACUUGCUCGUAAAUAGCAUUAAAAUGUCACCUGGCCAUUUAAUCAUUUUGUAACGAAUCCUCUGAAAUCUUAACACAAGUUUAGGCUGUUAAUUAUAGGUAAUUAAUAAUACAUGUGAUAAUUAGGAAAAAAAAACCUAACAAAAUUCUAAUCAAAGGCAACUUUGGAAGACAGUGGGGGAUAGAAGGUAUGACAGGCAACUUUUAAAUAAUAGGCCAGUGUUUUGCUUCUUGAUUCUCAAAUUACUUUGAAGGCUCUCAUACCAGUGACUAAAAAUCAGUUAUUAAACUUUAUAUGUUUUAGCCAGAGCUUAAUUUUUAUGAAGAUAAAGACAUGAAGUUUAACAGUGGUAUAACAAUUAGUAUAGCUAAUUGUGAGGUCAAGUCAAUUGUUAGAAGGCUUUGUUCCACAAUAUUAUAUAGACCACUGAACAAAGAAUGACAGCCCUUUGCAUCAUUUGGCAUAUGAAAGUUUUUUGUGUGCAUAGUUUAAUUUUUUAUGUGCAUAAAAAUGUGAUUUUAUAUGAUCUGAAGGAUAAUGCAGGAUACAGUUUAAAAUGUAAAAUUUGCCAGGUCAGUAUGUAUAACCCUAGCCCUCAAAUUAAUUAUAAUUAAGGUUAAAAUGUGCUGGUAUUAAGUGCUUUUUCCUGAGGCCUUCUGAUUGGUUCCUGGUAACAGAAUUUUAAAGGUAGGUGUGAGUAGUGCAACUCUUGUCCUUUAUAUAUAAAAGGUAUCAAGUAAUCAUGUCCUGAUUUUAAAAAAAUUACCCACAAAUGUCUUUUUUAAAUCGAUCAAAGUUAGAAACAGUUUAAAUAGUCUCAGUUCUUACAUAAUUGGGUUAAAAAUUAUAAGGUGUUAGAGGAACUUUAAUGCCAAAUUGGCAAAUUGGUAAAGAAAAAAAUGAUUUUUCAUUCUCUCCCAUGUAGAAUAGUCAGAUACACUAAAAUCCAUUUUCCAUAAAGAUUGUUUCAAUGGGAAUGGAAGAAACAAAAUCUUGAGAGUAUAGCUGAACCAGUUCUUCAUACUAGCAAUAAAUAACCACACUAAGUUCAUUAUUUUACAAAUGACUAAACCCAGUGUCUUGUCCUUUAAAAAAUAUAGGUACUGCAGAAUUGAUAAACAUGCAUUUGUUUUUUUAAAGAGAGCCCACUCCCCAAAUGGUAGCCAUUAAUUCAGGUAGUCUUCUAAAUGUAUUUGAGAGGGGUCCAUCUUUUGGCUGCUAUCCUAGUUAGAUGAGAUGUUGCUAUGGGAAGAACUUGCCAGUAUACACUAAACAGACACUUAAGCAAAAGAUACAUUCUGGAGCCAGGCGCAGUAGCUCAUGCCUUUGGUUCUAGCUACUUGAGCCUGAGGUGGGAGCAUCAUUUGAGCUCAGUUCUGCGCCAGUGAGACCCUCUUUAAAGAGAAGGAAAAAAGGUAUUCUGGAAGGUCUUGUGCAGUUCCAACAAUGUUUCAGCAUAUAUAUAUAUAUAUGAAUUCAUACGAUACCUGAACGGAAUCACGAAAUAACAGCUGAGAUUAUAGGGUAGCAAAAAUGACCUGCUUUUCCUGAAGCUUUGGGAGGCCUAGGAUUCCUAGUUUAGGCAUCACGAUCUUUGUUAAGCUUUAAAGGGGGCUAAAACUUGUGCAAAAUGGUGUCUCUGGUAACACUUCAGACAUAAUUGGCAAAAGUAUAAUAGGAAUGCACAAACCUUUAGUUUGAAAUAAUCGUGUAUUUUAAUGUGGAAUUGGAAGCAACACAUCAAACUGGUGAGUUCAUAGAAACUUACCUGAGAUGCUGCUGGGUUCCACUGCCGUUGUGUUAAGUCACGUAUUUUUGUAGCUGCUGUUAGCUGUGUCUAGUGUUUUGUAACCUAAGGAGGGUCUUAUAAAAGUUGGUAUGUUAACUAAAUCUUGGAUUGGGAAAUAGUACCAUUUGUAUCCUCUGCAAACAGAUUUAUGCUUUUGAGGCUCAAACCAACUAGUGUUCUCAUAGGCUGUUGCCUAAGGACAGAUAAAAAUGGAAAACAGGCUAUGUCCAGCGACAGAUGAUUGGUGGUUAAGAAUAGCAGUAAAGGAAAAUUACACCCGGAUUUUCUUCUGUAAGGUUUCAAGGAACUUGGAUUUGAACUGAAUCUACUGUUUUGGAAAAAACUCCCAACAAAAAGGAUGUUUGUUAUUGUCUCAGUCUUCGUCUUUGCUACACGAUUUGGAUCCCUUAUGCUUUUUCAUAAGAAUAUCUGUUUGCUAUAGUGAAUUUGGUAGCCCCCCCCCUUUUUUAAAUUUUAGUUCUUUAUUAGAACGUGUACUUGAAUGGACUACAGUUGCUCAUAACCCAUGUUAAUCUUUGAUAGUAUUUGGGGUUUUAUUUCAGGAGCUUUUGCAAUAAAGCAGGAACUGCAGUCUGCUUAAAGUCA